UAUAUUGGUCUUAUUGUUGUUAUCUCAGCGGUUACACUUUCAGAGUCUCAUUUUUAAGAGAAAGAGAGAGAGAGAAAAAGAUAACUGGUUGAGGAGGGUGAUCAUGGUGAAGGUUAAGAAGGAGAAGGAGGAGCUUGCUGCAGAUUCAGCUAAAGAAGUUCGGUUCGCCUCAUGUUCUUUGUCAUCCAAUGGCAAUUGUGAUAGCCCUGUUCAGAGAUGUUCUGUUAUAGGGAGACCAACUGGUCCAACCAGACGUUCAAGGAGAGGCUGGUCAGAAAAAGAGGAUAAUCUUCUAAGUGCAUUAGUCAAAAAGUACAAUGGGAAGAAGUGGAAGCAAAUAGCUGCACAUAUACCUGGGCGGACAGAUGUUCAGUGCUUACAUCACUGGCAAAAGGUUUUGAAUCCUGAAGUUGUCAAGGGAUCUUGGACAAAGGAGGAAGAUGAUUGUAUAAUCGAGUUUGUGAAAAAUUAUGGUUGCAAGAGAUGGUCUCUUAUUGCAAAGAGCUUACCUGGUCGCAUAGGCAAGCAAUGUCGAGAGAGGUGGUUCAAUCAUUUAGAUCCAGCUAUAAACAAAGAUGCAUGGACAGAAGAGGAGGAGUCAGUUAUUGCUUAUUACCACCAUAAAUAUGGUAACAAGUGGGCACAAAUAGCAAGGUUUCUACCUGGAAGGACUGAUAAUGCGAUUAAGAAUCAUUGGAAUUGCUCAAUGAGGAAGAAACUGGAUUCAUACUCAACUGAUGGUUGUGACACAACAUGUGAAAAUAUGUCUCCUGAUUUCAGCAGUCCUGAAACAAAAUCUACAUCUCCUGAUUUCUGCAGUUCUAGUACAAAACAUGAAUGCACGAAGGUUAAAGUAAAGAAACUGAAUUUCAAUAAAAUGUUCUCUCUCAAUCACAGCAUGGAGUUGGAGCACAAUGUUGACACUUGUUCUACAGACUUGGUUCUUGGAAAUGCUUAUAGAGGAGAAAUUCAUUUAAUGGCAAAAAGAGGGGAACCUGAACUGGUAGAUCCACUAAAUGGGACACAGAGUAACCACAAAGGUGCUGCUGCAAGUGGUAUCACCACUAGAUCAUACAUACACAAUGUUAGCCAUGAUGAAACAGAUGGGCCCUUGGUAGCCACUUUUUUGGAUGUUUUCUUGGAUGCAUCCACUUACACCAAACAAAAUCAUAUUCCUGUUGCUCACAAAAUACUUGAAACUCCUAAGAGUUUAAGGGAAUAUGCUUCAGGUGUUAUGAAUUCAAGAAUGGCCAAUGGAUCUGGCAAUCCAUGUUCAACUUCCUUAACAUUGGGACUUGGUGAGCACAUGGGUCAAGUUGGCAAGAAAAACCAAGUCCAUAGGGUUUCGCAACAUGCAGUGGAUAAAAAUCAUGCUUACUUGCUGUCAGAGUCACCUCUGGUGAAUGAUUUGGUUAAUGCUGUAGAAGAUGGUGGUGGAUCACCAACCACAUAUGUUCAUUUUAGGCAUCCAAACACUCCAUUUUGCUAUUCUACUCCAACAUACCUUGGACAAAGUAUGUAUGCUAAUGCUAGCAGUCCAGAAUCUACAUUAAGAAAUUCGGCCAUGACCUUCAAAAAUACUCCUUCUAUAAUAAGGAAGAGAACUUCAAGAAAGAGUAGUAAUGCCAACCUUCCUGAUGUUACCUGCACGCCAGAGAGCACAGUCACAUCUAUUUGUGAUAGACAAUAUGUCAAUAGUACCAACUUCCUAAACACAAAGCGGGGUUUCCUCUCUUUCUUUGGUGAAACUGAAACAUCAGUUGCUGUUAAAUCUCUGGAAAGAUGCCUGGAAUAUGCAUUUGACUUGGAAAAGGAAUCAGUUGCUGUUAAAUGUGGCAAAUCUAUUUCUGCAAGCAUGUCUCCAAAUAUUGAUAUCUGUGCAAAUACAAUGUAGAUACCUUGAAAUGAUUGAGUUGUAAUUAACCUUCUUUUUAGAUUUCUUACCCAUCUUUUUUGGCUAUGAAAUCGAGCAUAAAACAUGUAUUACAGAGAUAUACUUACAUUACCAUAGUGCAUAAGAUUUGAUUGCAUAUGAG